AUGAAAGCUGAUCAAAGGCAUGCAACUUCAAAGUUGAUUAGUGGUUACAUUAUCGACAAUCUUCGAGACCCAAGGUUUGAAGUUACACCAGCUUUUUUCAUGGCAGAGAUGCAAAGAUUGCAUGGACUAGACAUUGGGUUUCUUUAUAUGUUUUAUACAUAUGGAUCAUCAAUAUCUGGUUGGAAUCAUUGUAGACCAGUGAUUGAUGUUGAUGCAACUAUUUUGAAGUCAAAAUUUUGUGGUGUUUUAAUGAUUUCAGUUUCAAAGGAUGCAAAUAACCAAAUUUUCCCACUAGCCUUUGGAAUAGCAGAAUCUGAAAAUAACAAUUCCUAUGAGUGGCAUCAAGCUAUUGCAUAUGGCAUUACAAAAGCAUAUCCUGAAAGCCAUCAUGGGAUUUGUAUCUAUCAUUUGGAGCAGAACCUAAAGCGAAGGAAAGUGAAAAGUGAGGUCAUAAAACUUUUCCAAAGUGUUGCAAGAGUAUACAUGAACAAAGAAUUUGAUCUAUACAUGUUAGAUAUAGCAAAAGUAGAUAAGAAGACUUAUGACUACUUGAUGGAAGAACCACCGAAAAGGUGGGCACGUUCUUGUAGUCCACGACGAAGAUAUGACAUGCUCACAACAAACAUAGUUGAGUCAAUGAAUUUUGUCCUAUUAGAAGCAAGGGAGCUACUUAUAUUAAGAAUGAUGGAUUUCAUUCAAGUGAAGCUACACCGUUGGUUUAAUGAAAGAAGAAAUGAAGCAGAAGGAACUUUUUAUGAUGUUUCUUGUUGGAUAGAGGAGGAAUUGAAGAAAAAGAUAGAUUUAGCAUUUACUUUGAAUGUCUUCCCUGUUGAUUCAUGGCGUUCUAGAGUUGAAGAAGAAGGAAUAACUUUCUUGGUAGACUUAAACAAAAGAACAUGUGAUUGUUUUCAGUUUCAAUUUGAUGAAUUACCAUGCAUACAUGCAAUUGCAGCCAUCGAGAAGAGAAAUAUCAAGAAGUCCAACUUUUGCUUGCACUGGUACUUAAAGGAAUAUUGGCUGAAAACAUAUGAAAGACAAAUACAUUCUGUAGGACAUACUGAUUCUUGGAUUGUACCAGAUAGUGUUAAGUCACAAAUUAUUAAACCUCCAGAUUUCAAAGUGCCACCAGGUAGAAGGCAGAAGAAAAGGCAUAUUCCAGUGACCGAGUCAUCAAAAAUAAUAUUCAAAUGUGGUCAUUGCAGAAGAACUGGUCAUAAUAGAAUAACUUGUAUAUAUUCUCCGGCAAUCCAUCCAUUUUCAAGAAAGCAUAGAGAAUAG